AUGGCGUCGAUGGAUGAUCUGUUAGCUACGUUCAAUCAUGAUCUUCGUGCUGGCCCUCAAGGCAAUGAUCUCCGUGAUUUACAUGCUAAACUCGCUCAAACACUAAAUAAUCCAAUUCCAUACCAACAUCAUCGACCUAUCCCACCACCUGCCCCGUCAACCUCCUCUACAGGUACAGGAGCAGGACCAUUACCACCUCCUGCACCUGCAUCGUCAUGGAAUACUCCACCACCCAAUACAUCCUUCCUAUUCUCUUCUUCCCCUCAACCCAAAUCAUUUACCAAGGGAUUCCCACCUUCCUCUUCCUCCAAUAAUCCGAACGUCAAAAGGGAAUCCGGAUUUUUCCCCACAACUAUACCAGAAAGAGAUGAGGCCUCUCAUCAAUCGCAACGAGCGAAUGAGAAUGUGAACGAGGAGAGACCCUAUCACGCUGAGGUCUUACCUGUUAAAGCUGAUCCGAAGGAGACUAAUGGAUUCACGGAAGAUGCCUUUAGACCGAUUUGGGAUGGGAAAUCGCAAGAUCAGUGGAGUGGUUUCAAACAGAAAGGCACUUAG